AUGUUCAGCUAUAUGGAUUCCAGGACUGUACUGCUACUUGUAGCAACCCAAGUCUGUCUAUUAGCCGUUGUGAGAUGUCAGGAGGAGGACGACCAGGAGGAUGCUUUUAGCUGUAUACAAGACGGACAGCGCUAUAGCGACAAGGACGUAUGGAAGCCAGAGCCUUGUCGCAUCUGUGUGUGUGACACUGGAACCGUCCUGUGUGAUGAAAUUGUCUGCGAGGAGCUAAAAGACUGCCCCAAACCUGAAAUCCCAUUCGGAGAGUGUUGCCCCAUCUGCGCAGCUGACACAUCUCCGCCAAUCGGAGUACCUGGAGCAAAGGGUCAGAAAGGCGAACCCGGAGACAUUACUGAUGUUGUAGGACCAAAAGGACCACCUGGCCCAAUGGGCCCACCAGGAGAGCAAGGACCCCGCGGAGCAAGAGGAGAGAAGGGAGAGAAGGGAAGCUCUGGUCCCCGUGGCAGAGAUGGUGAGCCUGGCACCCCCGGAAACCCUGGCCCCCCUGGACCUCCAGGACCUAAUGGACCCCCUGGCCUUGGGGGAAACUUUGCUGCUCAGAUGACUGGUGGCUUUGAUGAGAAGGCCGGUGGCGCACAGAUGGGUGUGAUGCAAGGACCAAUGGGCCCUAUGGGACCAAGAGGACCACCUGGCCCCACCGGAGCACCUGGCCCGCAAGGUUUCCAAGGCAACCCAGGAGAGGCUGGAGAGCCCGGACAAUCAGGCCCCAUGGGUCCCCGCGGCCCCCCUGGACCUCCUGGAAAACCUGGAGAUGAUGGUGAAGCUGGCAAACCAGGCAAAUCAGGCGAGCGUGGACCUCCUGGACCUCAGGGAGCUCGUGGAUUCCCAGGAACUCCUGGCCUGCCUGGCAUCAAGGGACACAGAGGUUAUCCAGGUCUCGAUGGUGCAAAGGGAGAGACUGGAGCUGUUGGUGCUAAGGGUGAGUCUGGUUCUCCCGGAGAGAACGGCGCUCCUGGACCAAUGGGACCUCGUGGUUUGCCCGGUGAGAGAGGCCGUCCUGGACCCAGUGGAGCUGCUGGAGCACGUGGAAAUGAUGGCUUGCCUGGCCCUGCUGGUCCCCCAGGCCCUGUUGGUCCUUCUGGAGCUCCUGGCUUCCCUGGCUCUCCUGGUGCAAAGGGAGAAGCUGGUCCUACUGGUGCUCGUGGACCCGAGGGUGCACAGGGACCUCGUGGAGAGUCUGGCACACCUGGAUCACCAGGACCUUCUGGCGCUUCUGGCAACCCCGGUACUGAUGGUAUCCCUGGAGCUAAAGGAUCAGCUGGUGCUCCUGGUAUCGCUGGUGCUCCAGGUUUCCCAGGACCUCGUGGGCCUCCCGGGCCUCAGGGAGCAACUGGACCUCUCGGGCCCAAAGGAACAUCUGGAGACCCAGGUAUUCCAGGGUUCAAGGGAGAGGCUGGACCCAAAGGAGAAAUUGGACCAGCUGGUCCUCAGGGAGCACAUGGCCCACAAGGAGAAGAGGGCAAGAGAGGACCCAGGGGUGAGCCCGGUGCUGCUGGACCACUUGGACCUCCUGGAGAGAGAGGAGCCCCCGGUAACCGUGGUUUCCCUGGUCAAGAUGGUCUGGCUGGUCCCAAGGGAGCCCCCGGUGAGCGUGGACCCUCUGGUGCCAGUGGUCCCAAGGGUGCUAAUGGUGACCCUGGCCGUCCUGGAGAGUCUGGUCUGCCUGGUGCCAGGGGCCUAACUGGACGCCCUGGUGACGCUGGUCCUCAAGGCAAAGUUGGACCUUCUGGAGCUCCUGGUGAGGAUGGACGUCCAGGACCCCCUGGCCCACAGGGAACCCGUGGACAGCCUGGUGUCAUGGGAUUCCCCGGACCCAAAGGAGCGACUGGUGAGUCAGGCAAGUCUGGUGAGAAAGGACUGGCUGGAGCUCCUGGUCUGAGAGGUCUGCCUGGCAAAGAUGGAGAAACCGGCAGUGCUGGACCCCCUGGCCCUGCUGGUCCUGCUGGAGAGAGAGGAGAGCAAGGACAGCCAGGUCCCUCCGGCUUCCAGGGUCUGCCUGGACCUCCUGGCCCCCCUGGUGAGGGAGGCAAGCCUGGAGACCAGGGUGUUCCUGGAGAGGCUGGAGCUGCUGGUGCUACUGGACCCAGAGGAGAGCGUGGUUUCCCCGGGGAGAGAGGAGCUGCUGGUCCUCAGGGUCUGCAGGGACCCAGAGGUCUGCCUGGAACUCCUGGAACUGACGGACCCAAGGGAGCCAUUGGACCUGCCGGGGCCCUCGGAGCUCAGGGACCCCCUGGCCUGCAGGGUAUGCCUGGAGAGAGAGGAGCUGCUGGCAUUCCUGGACCUAAAGGAGACAGAGGUGACAUUGGAGAGAAAGGACCCGAAGGUGCUUCCGGCAAAGACGGUGGCAGAGGUCUCACUGGUCCCAUUGGUCCUCCUGGUCCUUCUGGUCCCAACGGUGAGAAGGGUGAAUCUGGUCCUGCAGGUCCUUCCGGAGCUCCUGGAACCCGUGGUGCUCCUGGUGACAGGGGUGAGACUGGACCUCCUGGACCUGCUGGAUUUGCUGGACCCCCUGGGGCUGACGGUCAACCUGGAACCAAAGGAGAGCAGGGAGAAUCUGGACAGAAGGGAGAUGCUGGUGCCCCUGGACCCCAAGGACCAUCUGGUGCCCCUGGACCUGCAGGUCCUACAGGUGUUUCUGGACCUAAAGGUGCUCGUGGUGCUCAGGGACCUCCUGGUGCCACUGGUUUCCCUGGAGCUGCUGGCCGAGUUGGUCCCCCUGGUCCCAACGGUAAUCCUGGACCUGCUGGACCUGCCGGCCCACCUGGCAAAGAUGGACCCAAGGGCGUGAGGGGAGAUGGUGGACCUCCAGGCAGACAAGGUGACGCUGGGCUCCGCGGUGCUGCUGGGGCUCCUGGAGAGAAGGGAGAUGCUGGAGAGGACGGUCCUCCUGGUCCCCCAGGUCCUUCAGGUCCUCAGGGUUUGGCUGGUCAGCGUGGUAUUGUCGGUCUCCCUGGACAGCGUGGUGAGAGAGGUUUCCCUGGUCUGCCUGGACCUUCGGGUGAGCCUGGAAAGCAGGGAGCUCCUGGUGGCGCCGGAGACCGUGGACCCCCCGGACCUGUUGGACCACCUGGACUCACCGGACCUGCAGGAGAGCCUGGCAGGGAGGGCAACCCUGGAUCUGAUGGACCUCCUGGUAGAGAUGGUGCUACUGGAAUCAAGGGUGAUCGCGGUAACACCGGUCCCGCUGGUGCUCCUGGUGCUCCAGGCGCUCCUGGUGCUUCAGGCCCUGUUGGUCCUACCGGUAAACAGGGAGACAGAGGAGAGGCUGGUGCCCAAGGACCUGCCGGACCUUCAGGACCUGCUGGAGCCAGAGGAAUGCCCGGACCCCAAGGACCCCGUGGUGACAAAGGUGAGGCUGGGGAGGCCGGUGAGAGAGGACAGAAGGGACACAGAGGCUUCACUGGUCUGCAGGGUCUGCCCGGACCUCCGGGUCAAUCAGGAGACCAGGGUGCUACUGGACCUGCUGGACCUGCUGGACAAAGAGGACCACCUGGACCUGUUGGCCCUGCCGGAAAGGAUGGUGCAAACGGUAUGCCAGGCCCCAUUGGACCCCCCGGACCUCGUGGUCGCAGUGGAGAGACCGGUCCCGCUGGUCCCCCCGGAAACCCUGGACCCCCUGGUCCUCCGGGUCCCCCUGGCCCUGGCAUUGACAUGUCUGCCUUCGCUGGCCUGGGUCAGACUGAGAAGUCCCCUGAUCCUCUCAGGUACAUGAGGGCCGACCAGGCUUCUGGAAACCUCCGUCAGCAUGAUGCUGAGGUCGACGCCACCCUCAAGUCUCUCAACAACCAGAUUGAGAACAUCCGCAGCCCCGAGGGAUCCAAGAAGAACCCUGCUCGCACCUGCAGAGACCUGAAGCUCUGCCAUCCUGACUGGAAGAGCGGAGAGUACUGGAUUGAUCCCAAUCAGGGCUGCACUAUUGAUGCAAUCAAGGUCUUCUGCAACAUGGAGACAGGAGAGUCCUGCGUCUACUCCAAGCCUUCCAGCAUCCCUCGCAAGAACUGGUGGUCCAGCAAGAGCAAAGACCGCAAACACAUCUGGUUCGGCGAGACAAUGAAUGGAGGAUUCCACUUCAGCUACGGUGAUGACACCCUGGCGCCCAACACUGCCGCCAUUCAGAUGACCUUCCUGAGACUUCUGUCCACCGAGGCCUCUCAAAACCUCACCUACCACUGUAAGAACAGCGUGGCCUACAUGGACGCCUCAACGGGGAACCUGAAGAAGGCCGUGCUGCUGCAGGGCUCCAAUGACGUGGAGAUCAGAGCUGAGGGCAACAGCCGCUUCACCUACAGCGUGAUGGAGGACGGCUGCGCGAAACACACGGGACAGUGGGGCAAGACAGUGAUCGAAUACAGAUCGCAGAAGACCUCUCGUCUGCCCAUUGUGGACAUUGCCCCCAUGGAUAUUGGUGGAGCAGACCAGGAGUUCGGAGUCGAUGUUGGGGCAGUCUGCUUCUUGUAAAGAUAUGAGGGAUUGAAAAGAUUAGAAAGAAAAAGUGGAAAUUUGAAAAAAAAAAAUUAAAAUGAAAGAAGAGCACACUUCAGAUAAG